UCAUCCCAGCCAUUUGUGCACGACAUAGAUUUUCAUACCUUCAACAUGAUCCUCUCCGGUGCCUGCGCGGCAUUCACUUGCCUCGCUAUCUUUACUUUGAUGACACUGCACGCAACCCACUUCAGCAAUCCAUACAGACAGACAAGAAUCAUGAGGAUCUGCGCCCUUCUUCCGGCCUAUUCGAUCUUCUCAUUCCUUGCAGUUUGUUUUCCCAACGCAUACGUAUACCUGGUAGCAUGGCUAGACCUGUUCCAGUCGAUUGCCUUGUGCGGCUUCUUUUUCCUGCUUUGUAACUUUCUCAACCCGGACGAAGAUGCACGGUGCAUGUUUCUUGCAAGCUAUCGGCCCAAAAAGGGCAAAAUGAGCUCAAAGAACAUGAACGGACUCAUGUGGUUUCAGAGAAAAUGGCUCUCCAUACUGCAAUACCCAGUCGUGGCUCUCUUUGUUGCGGUGGCAAGUUGUAUCACUCAGUCCGCCGAUGUCUACUGUCUUGAGAGUAACAAAGCAUAUUUUGGACAUCUUUGGCUUAACAUCAUUCGCAUUUUGUCUGUGGUUAUCGCAGUAAUGGCGGUUAUCAAAUUCUACAUCGCUUUGAAACCUCAUAUUUCACACCACCACCCACUCGUGAAGCUGAUUGCAUUCAAACUCAUUGUUGGACUAGUAUUCUUCGAAAAUAUCGUCUUCACAAUCCUCCGUUCUACAUCCGCACUUUCACCUACGGCGAAAUUGACGUACGCAGAUGUUCACAUGGGAAUCCAAACUAUGAUCAUUUGUAUCCAGAUGGUACCUAUCGCUUGCUUCUUCUAUUAUGCAUAUGGGAUCGGACCAUACAGUCUAUCACGAUCCUCCACCUCUUCCAGCGACAGGCAUGAUUAUUCUACGGUUGAUAGCAAUGGAGCCAAGCUUCAGCAGGGAUACCACGGGGGCCUUUUUGGAGCUGGGGCUUGGAUGAUGCUUUGUAAUCCGAUAGAAUAUGUCAGGGAUAUCCGGGAUACAUUUCACAUGAUCAAUCGAGUUCGCCAAGCACCGCAACGAACCUUGCCAAGCGAGUCAACAGCAUACCGAUAA